CUUGUUCCUCAAGAAAAAAAAAAAGCUCUGUAUUCAAUGUUAAAUGGAAAUUUAUUAUCUAGUUAUUCAAUAUCUAAAUAAUAAUUUCAAGUUGAAGUAAUUUAGAAUUUAUAUUUAAUAUUUAUUUAAUUUAUGUUUAGUUAGGAUUUGUUUUUAAAAUAACAGUUUAACUUACAUUAUAAAUAAGAUAUGUUCAAAAAGGUUUUGGGUUUAAUAAAAUAUUUUCCUUCCUUGAGAAUUUGAGUUUAACAAUGGCGAUGGAAGGGUAUACAUCACAAAUCAGUGACGAAAUUCACACCGAUGUUCUCAGCAAAGCUCGAAUCUCUUGCUACCAGGCGAGAGAUGCGUUCUACUCAUGCCUGGUGAAUAAAUCAGACAAGAAGCCUACAGAAAUCGGGACUGUUGGGCUGUUAUACCCAGUGGAUUGCAACAAAACUAGGCAGGAAUAUGUGAAUCAAUGCAGACCUACUUGGGUGAAGCAUUUUGAUAGGCAGUACUGUUCUAAGAAGAAAGUUCAGAGACAUUUGGAUGAUAAUGAGUCGAGGAGAGGUCCGUUGUCACUUCCACAGCCUUAUAUAUUCAAACCCCCCUGUUCUUGUUGAUGACAAUUUUUUGAAUACUUUGGAUAUUUGACAAGUGGUUGUUCUCAAUACUUGUUUUGGUUAAGUUUGCAGUUGUAAGUGUUGGGAUCUUUCAAUAUCUUCAUAAGUAGACAGUAGUUGUAAAGAGUAAAAUUGGUAGUUGAGGAGCAAUGAAUUGUGUAUUUUGAAGUUGUAAGUUGUUUGACAAGAUUAUCAUUCUCAUCGAUGUUGCAUCUAAUAUAAUUAGUGUUUUAGUU